AUGGAAAGAACACGAGUUGCUGGGAGAAAACGUGCGAGACCAACGCCUUCUCUGCGAUGCUACAUCGUAGACGACCACUGCGAUGCCUUAAGCAAAAUACACAGAGCUAUCCGAAACGGCGCGUUGCCCUUCACAGGCCUUUCGGCUGUCCAUUUCGAUGCCCACCCGGACUUGAUGGUGACACCCGACAUGCCCGCAGAGACUUGCUUUCGGCCCCACGAACUCUACGACACCCUGGCCCAGACAGAGGGAGGUAUCGCAGAGUGGAUCCUACCGUUGGUAUACCAGGGUCACCUUUCCACGCUGUGGUGGGUGAGACCGCGUUGGGCCAGGCAGUUCACUGACGGGGAUCAUCGUUUUUGCGUCGGCCAGGUGAAGGCCACAGGGAAGCUUCGAGUAUCCUCGACUGCACCCUAUUUCGUCGACGACAGACUCUACUGCCGCGAGGAGGACAUGCACGAAUGCAAACCCCUGCAUCUGUGCGUCAGCCUCGUCCCCGACAACCUGCCGUCUCCAGCGGAGUGUCUCACUGGGGCCGAGCUGCAGGACUACUUCACCACCGAGAACCCCUUCAUUUUGGAGCUUGAGGACCACCUCGGAAAGAGGGACGCCGCCGUGGUUCGUGAUUUUUACGGAAGGCCUCGAUUCCGCGGGGCCGCCACCCCGCUCCCGCACGAGACGCAGCUGGAACACGAGCACAUCUUCAAGACGGAGGUCGACCGACUCCUUGGAGCCGCCGGCGAGGAGAGUGCCAACGGGGCCGAACAACCUGCUGCGGACACGAAGGGAGAAGCCGAACGCGCGAUCGUCGCGGGUGGUACAGCAUCGAAGGACCUUGCGGAGGGGUCUCCUGGUGCUGCUCGGAGUGGACGAUUCCCUGGAGAGGUGGUCGUUGACGGCUCGACGCCUGUUUCUGAGGAAGCCGACACGAGGGAGGAGGCGGACGGUGGUGGAGGUGGCAGUGGCGCGAGCCAAGAGGUUCACGGAUUGCGGCGGCUGACGGAGCUGUUCGAUCCGGACGGCGAAGAUCGCCUGCUCGCCGGGAAGUUCGCCUCCGUCGUUGGCCGCAUCGGGCGGGAAGGACGGCAAAAAGUCGCGUGGGCGGACCACUGCGCGUGCUUGCCGCGGCACCUGGCGACCCGGGAAGAGGUAAAAGGUGCGGUGCGGUCGGUGGAGGCGUUCCUGCGGUCGUUGCUCGAGGGCGGCACUGCCACAACCAGCAGCAGCAGCAGCAGCAGCGCGAAUUGGAGCGGGAGGCCGGGCGUCAUCACGGUGGCGCGCUCGGAGGAGGACGGCUAUGUGCCGGCAAGCAUGGUCGCGUUUGUCGAGCAGGAGGUCCUGGCGAUGCUCUUUCGCCUGUACGGUGGAGAUGGGGCGGAGGGAGUAGCCGGGCGUGGUGGCGGGCUGGAAGUGUGUUACGAAGAUGGGUUGGAGCCCGCGAAGGGUUGA